UUGCCUUCGGCCGGGACCACUGCACCGGCCGGCGGGGGUAAUGCGGCCGCCGCAGACUCCGCGCACGACUCUGCCUGCGAGCGCGCUGGGUGCCGUUGGAGUCGGGGAUGGCCCGGACCCCGGCAGCGCUGCUACUGGCGCCUCUGCUACUCCUGCCGCUGGCGACCCCUGCCCAGGUCUACCAGGACUAUCAGUACUUUGGCCAGCAGGGCGAAGGUGACACCUGGGAGCAGCUGAGGCUGCAGCAUCUAAAGGAAGUCGAGGACUCAAUCCUCGGCCCUUGGGGAAAGUGGCGGUGUCUCUGCGACCUGGGCAAGCAGGAGCGCAGCCGCGAGGUAGUCGGCACAGCGCCAGGCCCAGUUUUCACGGAUCCGGAGAACCUGAUCCAGUUACGACCCUGCCGGCAACGGGAUUGUCCAUCCUGCAAGCCCUUCGACUGCGACUGGAGGCUCUGAGCCCGAGCAGGGCCCCAGAGACCGUGAAGCAGAGCUUGCAAAGUGACCCGGUCCACCGAAUUCCCCACACUGAGUGUUCGGCC